AUGUUUGGCGUCAUGAACGAGCCUCACGACGUCCCCGAUAUCAGUAUAUGGGCACGGACCGUCCAGGAAGUUGUCGCUGCCAUCCGUCGUACCGGAGUAACCCGACAGAAAAUCCUGCUGCCUGGAAACAACUGGACCUCAGCUGCAACUUUUGUAUCCAGCGGCUCUGCCGAUGCUCUCAGCAGAGUCGUUGAUUUCGAUGGUUCUAAACACAACCUCAUCUUCGACGUCCACAAAUACCUGGACGCGGACAACUCGGGGAUGCACGAGUCAGUUUGCCUUGGGAUUUUGCAUCCCCUGAUGAUGCGGUGCUUCAUAGGGAGUGUGUAA